AUGUCUCAUCAAGAGAAUAAUCAAGGCAGGCAACAGCAGAAUCAAGAGCUUCAGCAACAACAGCAAGAUCCCCAGCAACAGGCUCAGCAACAGCAACAGCCAAACCUCUAUUUGGCUCACUUUCAUCCUUAUGAGGUUUAUUACAAUCGGGUACAUCGCACACGGCACACUGUCCAAAGUGGAUUUAUAUCAUCAACUUCUAGAACACCAUAUGAUGUCACUUGGUACAAAGCACAGACGGUAUAUGCUCCAUCUAACACCCUUAAUGGAGCAGCGCAGGACCCGAGAGGUGUGACUUUUAACACCUGCGAGUGGUCGACGAGGGAAACCCCUGAAGGAACGCCUAGGAUUGUGACCAACGAAGCGGCUGAUGUUUAUGUUCUUGCCUUCGCAGAAUUGCUGACAAGAGAGGCCAGCCUGGAGGGGCGACCCAUCGGCACACUGCGAUGGAGUGUGAAGAUCUCCUCCGUACUCCGACGACGACAAUUUGACCGGGAAGACACAGGAAGCCUGUAA